ACGUAUUGGUAACGGCUGAACUCUCUAAGCAUUAGAGUUUCGUAUACGACACUUUCUCUCGAUCUCAGCUAUGCCCUCCACCGAUCUUCUUUCUUGUUUCUCAACAAUGCCCCAUUCUGAAUUUCGCCGAUCCACCAUGGAAUUUUUUGCGAUCGCCGCAGUGCGAUUUUAGCUCGAGAUUAUACUUUUGUUUUAUGAAGAGACGAUCUGGGUUGUGAAAAUUUGUGAGAAGAUGCCGGGGGACGAUUACUAUGAACGACCCUUGUUUGGGGGAGCAAUAUCGAGCUGCUUUCCGCUAAGAUUUCAGGAUGUGAGUGAAGUGAGAGAAGUUCCCGAUUAUCAGGAGGCGUUUGCGGAUUCCAGCAGCGAUGAAACCCUAAUUUUUGAGCUUUUGGAUUUCAAAGGCGAGAUUGAAGACAAUGCCAGUGCCGUUUGGUUUCUUCGGGACAUUGCUCGUGAACAGGAUGCAGAAGAUAGCAUGGUCCAAGAACACUCAGGAACAAUAGAAGUUGCUGGCUUACAAUAUAGAGAUGGUCCUGUAAUAUAUCAAACAGCAGUUGGUCAAAUGACCAUUUCCAAAGACAGCCAAGGAAUGGAGGCACAAAAAAGUGUGCGGGUUUAUCUGGCAAAUUUGCGUCUCAAGGAAUUUGGCACUGAUGUGCUGAUUACUGCAUAUGAGCAAAUUUUAGACAAUUCCUUAAGUGAGACUGGAAGCAUUGAGGAAGCUGACCCAACAGUUUCUGGCAGCCUAUCUGUUGCAGAAGUCUUUAAACUAUCAGCCGCAAGCUUUAAGGUACUUGACUGGAAUCUCUUUGGUGCUGGGGCUUGACUAAUCAUUUAAUAUGAUUUUAGGAAGUAUUGGUUAAGGAAAUAUUUACAUAUUAUUUUAAUAUGAUUUUAAGAAUUAUUUGACUGUAAUUUAUUUAUUUUUAGAUAGAGAAGGUUUAUCUAAAACUGUGGCUUAUCUGUAUUCUGUUCACUAUAAUUAUUUUACAGGCAAUGAAACAGGAAGGAUUUGUCUUGUAUU